CGUCCGGAGCAGGUUCGCUUGACGGUGAGAAGGGAAAAUUCAUGAAAGUGGAUUAACCGGAUUGAGAGGGAUGAGUGAAUUCCGAUUGCUAUCUUCAUUUUAGGAUUCAUUUCUUUACUUUUAAUUGACGCUUUCGUGGUGAUUGUGGUGUAUGUGACAAGGGGAAGCAGGGGCUUACAUCUACGGAAGGUAUUGUUUUGUAUACUUUUAAUCUAACAUAUUUACCUGCCUAAUAAUUCAUAAUACAACACAAAACCAGGUUAUUACAGGAGCCAUAGGAUUCGAUUAGAUUAUUGCAAUAGGGUAUAAAAUGUUCUUUAUUUUUAAACUCAUUUUUAAUUUGACACUGUUUGUAAAUUCGUUUGUAUUCUAUGUGCAUGCUGAAUAUGAUGUUGUGCAUUCUAUUCUAGUUGGAUCAUUUUCUAAACUUUCAUUAACUCAAACAAUGUGCAUUUAUUACAUUGGCAUAACUGUUGCAUUUGCGGUUUGGCUGCUGUCAGAUGCUUGUGUAAUGUUUCAGGGGUGUUUCAUUCAUUAUCUGUAUGUAUACAGAAUCUUCCAACGUUUCCUUAUUUGGUUCACGCAAUUAUUGCGUUUCUUUCGAGUAACAGCAUCACUUCCUGAUGCCAGGUAUGAGUCAUAGGAUAUUUCUGUAUUGACUUACUGUGAAACAUUGCUUUGUCUGUUAUCAAGCAAAUGCUUAGGCCUACAAAAAAGCCACAACAGAAUGGAAUACAUUUAUAAUAAUUACAUAAUCUGCAUACAAAUAUGUUAAUGCUAUUUAAUUGGAGCAUCAAUAUCAACUCAAAUUACUGAAUGUCAAUUGUUGUUUCCAUGAAGUCUUUUUGUCCAGUGAUUGGCAUCUGUUGGCACCUCCAUACAGCAUAGACAAUAAUCUCUUCACUAAACCAGUUUCACAGAUACAGAUCGACACUUUCCAUAAGAGAUGAAAUGCACAAUGAACAAACAAUAGAACUGAAUCUACCAAUAACAGUGAGGUCUCACCCUUAUCUUUUCCCUAUGCGUGAACAGGCAGUGCAGGUGGUAAGAGGAGUGAGGGAUUGUUAUGUCACAAGUGGGCAUAUAAAAGGUACAGAAUGCCAGCUGGGGACACCAGGCGCCUUCGUGGCCACAGGAAAGUGCCACAGUACCAGUACAAGCUUAGGGAGUUUUCCUUUUCUCUAGGAGACACAACGUAGUUUUUUUAUUUUAAUUUUAUUUUAAUUUUACCUUUAUUUAACCAGGUAGGCUAGUUGAGAACAAGUUCUCAUUUACAACUGCGACCUGGCCAAGAUAAAGCAUAGCAGUGUGAACAGACAACACAGAGUUACACAUGGAGUAAACCAUUAACAAGUCAAUAACACAAUAGGAAGAAAAAAAGGGGAGUCUAUAUACAUUGUGUGCAAAAGGCAUGAGGAGGUAGGCGAAUAAUUACAAUUUUGCAGAUUAACACUGGAGUGAUAAAUGAUCAGAUGGUCAUGUACAGGUAGAGAUAUUGGUGUGCAAAAGAGCAGAAAAGUAAAUAAAUAAAAACAGUAUGGGGAUGAGGUAGGUAAAAAUGGGUGGGCUAUUUGCCGAUAGACUAUGUACAGCUGCAGUGAUCGGUUUGCUGCUCAGAUAGCAGAUGUUUGAAGUUGGUGAGGGAGAUAAAAGUCUCCAACUCCGGUGAGUGUUUGGGACGCGGUGAUUCAGACGGUUAGCAGGCCUGUGCUAACAAGCUAACAGUUAGUAGGCCAAUCAGAACAUGGUCAUACAGACAUGAAGAUUGAAUGUGGCUUUCAUUUCCAUUAGAAUGAUGGUUGAGGGGAAAUGGGUGAGGGAAAAGGAGUGAUGACAGAGAGAUGGAGUCAUGGCAUCUCUUGCCAGGGAUGUAUUUUGUGUCUGAAUAACACUAUGAUGUAGAUGGAAGUAAGUGGAAAGCUGAGGAGUUGAAAAAGGGCAGAAGAGAGAGAGAGAGGAUGGAAGAGAGUGUAGUGACUGAGGAGAGAAAAUAAAAGUGAAAGAGAGCAUUUUGUUCAAAGCAACAAAAAGGUCUCGGGGGGCUUUCGGAAGGAAAGUGUGCAGCUGGAUUAUGAAGACAGUGAACUGUUCAGGACACAAUGCUGCUGGUUUUUCCUGUCUGAAAAGAGGUGAAGAGGAAUAGACAAUUAUCCAUCACUAAUUCCUCUAAUGCACCUCUUCCUGUUUCACACCCCCUUCAUCCUCCCUUCUUCCCCCUCUCCCUCCCCGUGUACCGUUCCUCUCUUGACGCUGUCUCUCUGUGACCUCUCCAUCAUCCAUCCACCUACUUCUCUUUUGUUCCAACCCUGUAACUCCCGUAUCCCGCUGUGCACACUCUCUACCAAUUGUGUGUGUGCCAUCUAUUGUAUGUCUGUGUCGGUGAGAAACCCGCCACAGCGGCGGCGCUCUCUGGGUCCCGUUUUGCCUAAACGCAUCUACAGAAACCUGUCGGUCAGGCUGAGGGGCGGAGAGUCCUCUUUUUCCGGAGAGGCAGACAUGCCGAAACAUCCAUGCAAGGCCACUCACACAUAUCAGAACCUGUGGGAGGCGGUGGAGAAGGAGGACACCCUGGCGGUGCAGAGCCUGCUAUGCAGGGACAGAGUGUGUGGCGGAGGAGGAGGACGGGAUAAAGAGAAGAAAGAGAAGGACUGGGAAAGAGAGAGGGAGAAAGGUGUAAACAGAGUGAGUGAGCAGGGCCUGGUACCUCUGGACGUGGCUGCUCUAACCCAGAACUCCCCUCUGCUGCACGUGUUGACAAAGGCAGGAGCCAGACACAACCCCGUCUUGUGUCUUCCAGCAGAGUGGUUCUGCAAGCUGGAUGCCCUGGUGAGGUUGGCCGACAGGCAGGUGGAGGACAGGAGGGAGGAGCUACUGGGUGGAGCAGGGGCGGGGCCACAUGUGCAGGCCGACAUACAGAGGCAGCUCCACCUCUGGAGUCUGCGGCAGCAGCUGUACUGCAGGAUGAGGGAGAGCUUCCACCACACAGACCUCCCUGGCCCACCCAGUAGUGUGUCACUGUUUGUGACCAGUGCCUCUUCCCUGUUUGUGUCCAUUCGAGAGCCAAACGGUAUCGCCACUGGAUUGAUCACCCGCUACAGAGUGGAAUGGAGCAACUCUGCCAACUUCAAGAGUAUACUUGGCUCAGCCCAGGUGAUCGACACUAAGACCCCCAUCCACAGCAUCACAGGACUCACGGCAGGAAUGCACUACUUUGUGAGAGUGACCGCCUACAAUGUGAAGGGAUGGGGCCCGGCUCAGAGCUCCAGCCCAGUCAGUGCUGCCCCCUCCAGCUGGAGGGAGUGUAUGGGAGUGAAAACUCCAAGCAGGAACAAGGAGGCUCUAGUCCGGAGACUGUUGGAGCAGACCAGAGAGCCACACUACAAGGGAUACUGUAUAGAGACCUGCAAGCCCCAGAGCCCCAGUAAGCGCCUGUCUAUGUCUCGCAGCCUGAAGCUGCUCUUCCAGUCUGCCACCAAGUUUGUCCGUCUCCUACAGAGGGGUGUAUACCUGGCAACUGUGUUCUACAGAAAGGAAAAAAUCCUGGUCACAGCAGAUGACCAGCUCCCAUUGGUGGAGAUCCAGUGCUGCUCCACCUCCGUCUCUCAGGACUUCCUUUGGUUUGCCAAGUUGUCCUGUGCGUGGCAACAGGUGCCCUGGCUCCAGCAGGCCCUCUCCUCCGCUCUCUCUUCCUCUUCAUCACUACUUCAGAACAGGCACAAUAUCUUGCAGGCUGUAGCACAACUACAGUCCUCUCUGGGGACAGUAGACUUGGGGCAGGUGUACUAUGAGCCUCUGAAGGACAGGCAGGGUAAUGUCCUGCUGGUGACAGUGAAGGAUUGUGCGGCCCACACAAAACCCCCGGACCUCCCUCUCCACUGGGUCCCCCUGGCCUGGCUGGAGAAGAACCGGAGCAGGACCCCUCUACUCCCAGAGCCUACUGCCAUGGACACCCUCACAGAGCAGCUCAAGGAGAAGCUGUCCUUCCACAGACGCAGUGUCCAGUGGGCCCAGCCGGGCCUGUACGUGGGCAUCUUGAAGCUGUGCAGCACAGUGGAGCAGAUCAGGGUGCUAGUGCCCCAGAGGCUGCCCAACCUGCUAUGCCACGCCAGAGUGCGCCAUAUUCCCCAUGUGUCCCGAGAUGAAUGGGCGUGGUUACAAAGCCACAACAUGUUAACAGCCAAUGAGGACACAGAGGGUGAGGAUGAGACCUCGAUGGACAGCUCUGGGCUGGGGGACUUUGUGAGGUCACUCAGGGCCGCUGUCACUCUCCUGUUGACAAAGCUCAACAUCCCCCUCUACAGGGCGUAUCAGUAUGGUGUUUACACUCAGGAGCUGCUGCAGUUUGGGGAUAAGAUGUCCAUGCUGCUCCUGCUGCCCCCUAGUGAAGACUUCAGUUCUAGCUACUGGCCCCUAGUGGGCACCAAGGAGACAGGCCUCACAAUGCCACUGCAGAUCUUUGAGCUGGUGCACUUCUGGACAUACGAGCAAGACUUCCUGUCUCAGUACUGUCAGGUCUGGGUUCGGUUGGAGCUGGACACUCAUCUGUCCCAGCAGGCUUUGAGAGAAGCUUUGGACACGAAGGAGGUGCAGGAGGCCAGAGACCGCCUUGGUCACAUCACUCAGCUCUCACAGAGUCUUGAGGUGGUGUGGCGUGAGGCCCGGUGGAUCAUGGAUGUCCUGCAGUGUGUCCGCUCUAAACAGUGGGUGGGGGCGGUGCCUCUGGGCCUGGUCAUGGGAGGAGACCCACCUGCCCGCCCAGACGAUGAGGAGGAUGACAGGCCUACCACCAGAGUCUGGCCCCAGCGCAUACUCCCUCAAAAGAAAAUAUCAGAGAGCAUUACCUGUACUGUUACAGAUGUUGGUGUCAGCAGUGGGAUUUCUGAGCCAAUAUGUAUCCCGGGGGUCCAUGAAAAGGCUGUGGGUUUAAUUGAGGGGGCUAGCAAAGGGGGGUACCCCGUGGACCUCAGUGCCCAACAUCCUGUUGUGGUGUUCAACAGCCUGGAUCAGUCAGGAGUUGGAUUCGACAUUGUGGCCCAAUCAGAAGUGGUAUAUCAUAACAUUAUGGCCCAAACAGAAGUGGCAGAUCAUGACAUUGUGAACCUGCCAGCUGCCUACAGUGGAGAACUGGAGUAUCCUCACAGUUUUGUCAGUGAUGUGAUCCCACCUCUACCAGAGCUGGACAUCAUCUUCCCCACACUGAGUCUGAUAGAUGAAGAGAGGGAGGAGGACCCUGUACCUGGGAGGAUGGAUAUGCUUGACAGUUUAAGUCUUGGAGUCGGUGAAAGCGAGGCUUUCUUUGGACUAAACUCUGACUUGAUGAGGGGACCUAAGGGUUGCUCUCUCUCUGAUGUGCAUCAUGAUACGAACUCACUGACAGCAGGCCUUAGUUUAGGAGACAGAACCUGUGCAGACACACUUUUCUCAGGUCAUUUAGACGGGCUGGCCACAUCUGCCCCUCUUCCCAUUGUGAGGACCACACCUGCCCAGAGCUGGGAUUUACCUACAGAGGACACUAUGAUACAUGCUGGCAACAGGGGGGGCAGCAUGCCAGCCAGGAGCCAGGUUGAGUGGGAGAACUCCUCUAACCAGGCAUCCUGAUGUAUCCAGAUAUUAUUAGAACUGAACAUUACACCGAAAUACAUUGCACUUACUCAUCGUGCCUCUCGAAGAAUUUGACAACCAAUUCUCAACUAAUUCUUAAUAUCCUUUCAGUGCCUUUAAGAGAGUUUGGCAAACGGUGGGAUAUUCAUGGUUGUUUCCUCAUCCCAUUAUCUGACUCUCUGUAGUUGUUCCAGUGGUGAUAUAAAAGGCCUGUCUCCAAGAGGCCCGAUAGACAUGUUCUGUGCUUCUGUAUGCGAGAUGUCUCCCUGUUGCAACUUGUAUUCAACUGAAUUGAUGUAUGAUUGUCUAUAUCCACAACUGCUAUUCUCUUUUGUUCAAUGUAAAAUACUCUUUACCGUAUUGUGCUCUAUUAACCUGUUGCACUUUGGUCCUUAUAAUACACAACAAGCUAGUUGCAACGAACAUUGUUGGAAGGAUUGGACCAAGGUGCAGCGUGGAAGGCGUUCAUCAUGUUUAUUAAUGUGAACCAGCAACAAAACAAUAAAGAGUAACAAAACGAAUGUGCAGCUUUGGACUGCAAAAAGGCUACAUUAAAAAAACAAGAUCCCAAACACAACAGGUGGAAAAAAGGCUGCCUAAAUAUGAUCCCCCAAUCAGAGACAACGAUAGACAGCUGCCUCUGAUUGGGAACCAUACUAGGCCAACCUAGAAACGAAAAACUAGAUUGCCCACCCAAGUCACACCCUGACCUAACCAAAUAGAGAAAUAAAAGGAUCUCUAUGGUCAGGGCGUGACACUAGUCUACAGUAAAAUCAGUUGAAUGGUUUAUCUUUAUGAAAUGACCAAAUCAAAUAUUUUCUGCUGUAUUUGUGUUGUUCCACAUUUUAUUUCUAAGACGAAAGUUAGUUAUCUUUUUUUACAUUUUCCUUUUCAGAAACGUGUGUGUAUUUGAGAAGGUUACACAGGCCAACUGGGUAUUAAGGUGAAGAUAUGUGCGAGGAUAUCAAUUCAAAAUGCCAAUAUUAAAGGUCCAAUGCAGCCAUUUUUAUCUCAAUUUCAAAUCAUUUCUUGGUAACAAUUAAGUACCUUACUGUGAUUUUUUUUUUCAAUUAAAAUAGUAAAAAAAAUAACAAAAACGAAGGAGAUUUUCUUAAGCAAGAAUUUUGCU